AUCAUUUUGGGACUACUUUCCAUGAGCUUCCUGGCUCGUUUGGACCAAUCUGCAAGCAUGACCUUGUAACAUCAAUCAAUCAAGCGUGAGCUUGUAACAUCAAUCAAUCAAAGGCUGUUCCUAAAGUUGAACAAUAAGUAACAGAGUUGCAUUCCACUCGAGGUGCAGCCAACCCUGGCAAUUGUUUCCCGGCGCCUGCGGGGCCCCGGAGUCCACAAUGGCAGACUUUAUCCAGAAGCCGUUAGGACAGUUGAAUCAUGAGGUGGACGAGAAGGGGAAGCAGCUGAAUGACUUGCGGCGGAAACUGUCGCGGUGCACGGACGCUGCACAGCAGGGAGUUUUCCAGAGCGAGCUCAGCCAGCUGGAGAGUACCAUUGACGACCUCAUCGCUUUGCGGAAGCUGCUCAUACCGCUAGCGCUGGCCGAGAGCGUGCCCGCGGGCGGCGCUGGUUUGCGUGGUCAGCCUGUUGCAGUGGGAGCCGGCGGUGGCGGCGCAGGUGCGGGUGCGGGUGCGCCGCCGGCGGCUCCAAGGCGGCUGGUGGAUAGCGCAGCCAAGCUGCAGCUGCUGCCGCAGCGCUCUGACGACGACGGCGUCGUGUGGAAGCUGACGCACGGCCACAGCGCGAGGACAUACGUGGAUGCAGCGGGGGUGGUGGACCGCAUCCGCUUGUGGGCUGAAGCGGCCUUGAGGGUCGCGGUUAUGCAAGAAUGGGGACAUGCCCCCGCGCCCUUGCUGGUCUCGGGGCUCGUAAAGACGGGCAAGUCGUACACGCUGGAACACGUGGUGCCCGCGGUCGUGGCGGCGGUGCUGCGCAAGCAGCAGCAGCAGCAGCAGGCGAAGCAGCAGCAGCAGCAGGCGAAGCAGCAGCAGGCGGAGCACGGCUUGCUGGCGGGCAUGGUGGUCCUGCGGCUGAAGGGCGACCAGUUGGAUCGUACGUCGGGCGCCGCAAUCAUGCUGCAGAGCCUGCUGAUCGUGCUGCUGGGGUGGGCGCGCGAGGAGCACGUGCCCCUGCGGGCGGGUGCGCUGGCGGCUGCAGAGGCUGCGCUGGCGCUGCCGGACAUGGGCAUGCCCAGCAUACCCGGCCGGGCCAUCUUUGCUUUCCUCAAGGCAGUGGAGGUGCCGGUGCUGGUGCUGUGCGACGAGAUGCAGCGGCUGUUCCUGCCGCUCAUCGGCGGCGCCGAGCCGGACGCUGCCGGGGCCGCGUACAUGCGCGACGUGUUCAUGAAGCAGCUGCUGUUGGACGGCCCCCACACCAUGCUGUGGUGCCUCACGGGAUCAUCCAUGGCGCACACCUGCAUCAGCAUCGCGCGCAUGCCCCCCAACGGCUACCCGCUCAUCACCAUGGCCUGCGCCAUCCACCUGCCAGCGACCUACAGCGCCGCGCACGUAAGCUUCGCGUGGCAGCAGCUGCAGCAGAACAGCGGUCCUGAUGUGGAGCUGGACCGCCAGCUGCUGGAGCUCUGCCCGCAGUCAAUCCCGCUCCUGACGUUCUUGGUGCACACAUGGUUGUACAACCGCGGCCGCAGCGACGUGCACACCUUCGUGCGCGACUUCAUGCGGUUCAAGCUCAUGGAGCAGGCACGCAGGGAGUGGACGCCUGGCCUGGAGGCCGUGCCGGCGUCGCAGCGGCUCACGAUCCUGGACCUGUCGUUUCCGGCCGUGGGGGCGCGCAUCGACACAGGGCUGCACCCCGGCUUGAAGUACUACCUGACGCCGCACCUGGAGAAGAGGGCGGACGGCCACUACUUCCUUCGCGACUCGCACCAGCGUCAGAUCGUGCGGUUCCUGAUCAACGAAGAAGGCGCGCUGCGGAGCGGAUUGGGCGAGCUGGCGUUCAGCGCGACCCUGACGCAGCUGGAUGGAGGGUGGAACCUGUUUCACCUGGGGGAGGCCGCGGACUACCUGCUCGGUCCCGGCGCAUGCCGCAGGUGGCAGAACGGGGAGCCGCCGGCUGAGACGGACGCGUUCGAGGACAAGUUACAGGCCAUUGCCGACGACGUCGCCGUGAAGCUGUGCGCGGCAGGAGCGGCGGCGGCAGGAGGCGAUCAGCAGCCGCAGCAGCAACAGCAGCAGCAGCAGCAGCAGCAGCAGCAGCACCAGGAGCAAACGCAGCAGCAGCAGCAGCAGCAGCCGGGCAGCGGCGGCGGCGGCGCGGCGCUGGGCCCCCAGCCGGGCCCCCAGCCGCAGGAGCUGUGGGAGCGGCAGUCCUGGUUCCAGGAGGCGCUGAACUCGGAGUGGAACAGCCGUGAUCGCGAGGCGUACAUGGAGGAGGAGGACAACAAGCAGGCGCGGCGCACGCACCUGGCCAUGCUGGUCUUCUACCUGCGGCUGAGUCGCAACGUGCUUGGCCGUACGAAGCCUUGGGAUCGGGAGACUGGCUCCAAGCUGCUGGAUGUGGGGGUGGUUGAGGCGCUGCCCGGCGUGCUGGGCCAGUCCCUCUUUGCCUUCAACGAGGCAAUGGUGGGGGCGCUGCGGCUGCUGCCGCGCCCCACCGUGCAAGCCGCCGCUGCGGCGUUUGCGGCGGAGCUGUCAGGCGGCGUUUGCGGCGGCAGCGUUGAUGAGGGCUCGGGCGAGGACGACAGCAGCAGCGGCGGUGGCCUGAGCAGCGGCAGCGGCGGCGCCGGCAGCACCAGCGGCGGCGGAGGGCGGGGGCGCGGCGCAGGGGCGAUGCCUAUCCAAUGCGCGCCUUCGCGCCCGGCGGGACCAGCGGCGGCGGCAGGAUGUGGUCAGCGCCCGCCGCUGGUGUACGCCACCGGCGGCAGUCGCGGGGGGUGGGGCAAGAGAAAACCGCGGGCACCUACACUCGUGCCGCGCCUGCGUGCACGGCUUCCGCUCUUUGCACCACCAGCCGCAGCAGCAGCCGCAGCAGCGAUGGGGCCACGGCUACCUCGCUGGUGAUUCGGGCGCCAGUGUGUGUCGGCCGCUGCCGCUGCUGACAUAACCGACCGUGACCGGCUGUGCGCCGCGGUCAGUGGCUAACUGCGCGGCCCAGUGGCCCAGUGGCCCAGUGGCCCAGUCAAGGCUAGGGAGUGGUAGUCAGCUUCUGGAUGGCUCCGAGUGCAUCGGUGGCGUGACGUGCGCGGCGUGCGUGCCUCAGUGAAAGCACGUGCGGCAGCUGCCGCACGCCCACGCGUCGUGCGUGUGCAGGCGGGCCGACCUGCUGCGUAGGAUGCAUCGAUUGGUGUGCGGUACGUAAUGGGUUGUGGUAGGCGUGUGCCAUGCUGCGAACGUUCUGCAGCCUCUCUGUCAAUAUCAAAUGGAUAC